UAUGAGGCGGUUAUAAAGCUACUAUUCUCGAGAGGUACUCAGAUUAAGAAUAUAGAUUAUCAGAUUCUAAUACUACUAUUACGGGCUAUAGAAAAGAGAUAUAAGGCAGUUAUAAAGCUACUACUCGAGAGAGGUACUCAGAUCGAGAGUAUAGAUAGUAAGGGUGAGAUACUACUAUUAUGGGCUAUAGAGAACAGGUAUAAGGCAAUUAUAAAGCUACUACUCGAGAGAAGUAUUUAA